AUGUUUACAUCAUUGAGUGUUACCGCUGUCGAUACACAGAGUAGCACUCGUCAGAUAUUUAAGCUUAGUGCCAGUGCAUCCCCAGUUGGCGUGCCAACCAACAUGACUAUCAAUGUCCAAUCACAACAAUUCAAACUUGGACCAUAUAUCUGUGAUGACUUCACCUCAUCCGAGUUCAAUAUUACAAAGACCAGGACACCAUAUCUGAUGAAUGGCUACAUGUAUGUCUUGGCCGAGCUCAACUCUAAUCCAUCGGUCUUCAUGACAACCAACUCUUUCAGUUGCAAGACCAAGCUUGCACAGUAUACCUGCCAGGUCAGCCAACUCAACAAACUGAUAUCCAAUCAGUUGGUACUCCAGAUAGGAGUCAUUCCACCCUACAACAAAUUAUCGCCAACUAAUCCAAUCGAAACAACUAUCAGUUACACUGGACUGCCAUCAAUAACUCUUUUAAUUCCAAAUGUAUUCCCUCCAUUUUCAUCCAUAACAACAACAACAUCAACUGCUGGCAAGGUAUAUCCACCAGCCACAGUGAAACAAGACUAUCAAUAUGCUGCACAGUCUUUGGUGCAUGUGGUUGAUGUCCCCAACUCAGAGUCCAUGUUGCUUGCCUACUCAUCAUCGACAUACAGCACCUACACUGCUGUAAAGAAGAAUGUAUCAACUACCACAUACAUCAACGUAGUUCCAUUCAGCCAGGCACCAAUCAAGUCCUACCUUCUCGACCGUUCCAAUACCACCCCAAUAUCUACAGUCUCUGGAACUUACACCAAGUUAACUGGUAACCUUCAAAGUCUUCAAAUUGACAAUGCUAACUAUGAUAGUGGAUCAGACUCAAUGAUUGUUGAGGUUGAUGCCAAGUUUGGUACACUGUCAUUGUUUGACUUUGUUUGUACUAUUCCUGCCUACAACAAUAGGAUUGUUACAAUGCCAAUGCUCCAACCUCAGACUGGCUCAUCAUUCAAGUUUGAUGAGUUUGAGUACAAGUACACCUUCUCGCUCUCCAAGAACCUGGCUGGCGAUGUCCAACUGAAUGUCCCACAGAUAACAGAUAGCCAGCCGACUACCUACUCGUUGUCCACCAACAGCAAGCAAUCGUCAAUUCGUGUUAAUGACCUCAAGGUGAUCCCUGCCGAGUGGAACACAUACUUGUUGAGGGUAGACAUCACUUCACAGUACUACGUCCAGGCCAUCACUGUGUCGAACACCUUCAGCUUGAACCAGUCCCAUCUGAUAUCUGGUACCGGAUACAAUGGAGUGUUUGAACGUCUCUGCGAGUAUACCUCACCUCUCCCAUACAAUGUUGUUGUAAUGGAUGAGCUUGGAGGCACUGUUACCGUGACCACAGACAUCUACACUCCAAACAACGUACUGGAUAGCAGCCUACAUAUCUUUACCGUGCUCAACAUCACCUCAGUGCAAUUCGCCAACAACAAUCUCAAUCUCGUGGCCACCCAAGUGAACAACACUAUGUACGUUGGACUGACCAACCCGCACCCCUAUAUGAUGCCUGUCCUGUCCUUUGACAAUGACCGAUCUCUCCAGUUCACUGGUUUCUUCAACGCCUCGCUCGGACAGUUUGUGUUCAACUUCUACACUCCAAGUAACUUCCUGUCUGGCCAAUGCCAGUACUACAUCUACAGCGGCAACUCACUCAUUCCUUCGAGUGCAGUCGUAGCCCAGGUCGGACCAAGUGCCAUGCUCAACAUCACCUCGUCCCAAGGUGAUAUCAUGCCACCAAUGAUCACAAGAAUCCAAGCCGUUCCAUCAACAGGUGUCAUCACUCUGUCGGGAUCCGUCUCACCAAGCUCGAGAGACCCAACCAACAUGGGCUGGCAGCUGACCAUUGUUGACCAGAUCAACGGAUUCUCGCAUGGCUCAAUUGACAUCAUCUCAGACAUUGAGCCCAAUGCAUACACCGUCCAGUUCGACACGUCCGACCUGAUAAAUGGCAACAUCUACAAUGGAGUGUACUCCGUCACAAUGGACAUGUACAAGACUCGUGCAUCCACCUUCACCUUGACCAAUGUCAUACUCUAUGAUACCAAGGGUGUCACUCACAAGACAUUCAACCCAAUGUCCACCAUCUACGCGGGACCCUAUGCCGACCAACUGUUCAUCAGGACUUCGUCGAGUGACCUGUCCAUUGCCGGAACUCCAAACAUCGAGCAGUUCGACCUGACUACCACCACUGUCAAUGUUGGCGGUACCAACAGGAAUGUAUCCAUGACCCUCCAGUUGAAGGAUUCUGGCUCUGGAGUGUCCCAGCGCCACUCUCCAUACAUCUACCUGACCUCGGAGACAUUGGAGACAGUGCGCAUCCGAUCGGUUCGCUCUGGCACUGACACCUUCACAGUCAACUACCAACUUCCAUUCGGUUUUGGUGGUGGCAAGAAGUUGUUGAUGUCUGUGAAUGGAUUCAUGGACAAUGACCAGAACUACAAGUCAUACAGUGCGUUGGAACUAAAGAGCAAGAGUAUGCCAUACUACAUCUCAACGACAUACGAUCACUCCACACCAAUCAUCGAGUCGUCUUCAGUGUUGUCCGUUCGUGGUGGCUACCUUGCUCUGUACGGCAGGAACUUCAACCUCGACCCAGCAUUGACAACGGCCACCAUCAACUAUGGCAAUGGAUACGUACCACUUGAGCUCAGCUUCGUGUCGGGUAUCCAUCUGCAGACCAUCAAGGUGCUGCCAGUCAACACAUCAUCCAUUUCUAUUGUCAUCAAGUCCAACGGAGUCAAGUCUGCACCAUGGACAAUCAUCCCAUCCAACAUCCCAGCCCUGCUCCCUCCUCCCCCUCCUACUCCCGCCCCAACUCAGACUCCAACUCCAACACAGACACCAACGCAAACACCUACUCAAACACCAUCACCAACUCCAACACCAACUACUCCGCCACCAACUCCCAAGCCACCAGUGAUCCCAGGUGUCGACUGCCCCGGCUCACCCCCAUGCAACAAUCGUGGCAACUGCACCCUGAAUGGCUGUGUGUGCUUCAAUGAAUGGACCGGUCCAGAGUGCUCGUCCAAGGCCGUUCCCAUCGAUCGUCCAGUUAUCAACCCAGACGGACCCAAGUCCGGCUCUUCCCUACAAGAUGAUCUUGAUCAUACCAACAUUCUCAAGUCCAUGAUCUCAAUCUCUGAGAUAAAGGAGCUCAGCCCAUCCGAUGAGGUCGUCAACAGCUUCAAGUUGGACCAAUGGACCGCUUCCAAUGGCUCAGCAGCCGGUGCCGUGGUCUACACAGCCACCCUACCAGGCCGCGACACCCAAGUCAAUAUCACCAUCCAAUUCUUCAGUGACGCUCACAACUACACGUUCGGAGAUGUGCCCAGCCAACUGCCACAAGCCUCGUCCAAGGUCACCAUCGAGCUGACUCACUUUGACUUCAAAAGCACACUCAACUCGCUCCAAGUCAUCACCGAGGUGUCUCUUCAGGGUCAGCUAGAGAGUGGUUGUUCGUCCACCGACAUCGGAACAUCACGUGGCAAUCGAGAUGAUGUCCGCUGGAUCAAGCUCAACAUCAACAGCCAGAGUGUCUAUGCCCAGUUCUCACCUGUUGCCAUCGUAGACAACAGGACAACUGUUGUAGUCAACAAACGACUGCCUGGCUCCAACGAGUCCGACUCUGUCCAAUACCGUGGCUUGAAGAUCGGCACCGUUAUACCACAGUACAAUGACUCUGUUGUUAUCGAUCCUGAUUUCAGUCAUCUAUUCGAUGUGUAUGAGCCUACAACCGAUGUUAGUGAUGAGAAGUGUGUUGUACCUGCUUCGAAACCAAACAACAUCUGGAAGAUUGCAUUGAUUGCCGUUGGAGGAUUCAUCGUUGUACUUGGUCUAGUACUUGGAGGUAUACUUCUCCAUCGCAAGCGUAAGCUUGCACGUAUCUUCAUGCGUGAUAUGGAGUUGAAGUUAGCCAGAGCCAGCACGAUCAACAAAUAA